CAGAAUCGAGCAGAGAGGAUCUGUGUGAGCAGUCAUGGACGGGAGUCUGUUUGUGCUGCUGCUGCUGCUGUCAGGGCUCUUCUGGAGCAGUUCUGCUCUUUCUCGUCAGUACCACUAUAUACAUUUGAGAAUGUCAUGGCCAGAGGCUCAGAGUUACUGCAGAGAGAAGUACACUGACCUGGCUACUGUAGACAACAUGGUUGAUGUGAACAGGCUGGUAAAUAUAGUGGAUGCUGGAUACAGCGGAUCUGUGUGGAUUGGACUGAAGAGAGGGACACAGAAACGCUGGGCUUGGUCUAAUGGAGAAGAAAAAUUUUCUCCGUACUCUAACUGGGCUUCAGGAGAGCCAAAUGAGAAUGCAUCUUGUGCAGCUUAUUUUUUCGGGGUCUGGUAUGAUAUUGCAUGUAGCCAUGGACGAUAUUUUACAUGCUACAAGGAAAAUAAUGGAUACGUUAUGAUUCAAAGUGCUAAAAACUGGAGUGAUGCUCAGAGCUACUGCAGACAGUAUUACACAGAUCUGCCCUCCAUCCACAACUCUAAAGAAAAUAACCAGAUAACUCGGGUUGUGUUCUAUGGAUAUUACACCUGGUUUGGUCUGUUCCAGGACUCUUGGGAAUGGUCUGACAAAUGGAGCCGCUUCUUUAGAAACUGGGCAGCAGGUCAACCAUCCCAGAGUUCAGGAUCUGGUGACUGUGUCGGCAUGUCAAGGAAAGAUUCUGGGAAAUGGGCCCAUGAAAGCUGUGAUCUGGAGUAUCCUUUUAUCUGCCAUGGAUGGCGCAAAUACCAGUACCAGUUUAUAAAUGAAAGCAGGUCAUGGCAAGAUGCUCAGAGUUACUGCAGAGCGAGAUUCACUGAUCUGGCCACUGCUGACAACAUGAGCGACGCGAGAUUGCUGGUAAAUACAGUGGAUGCUGGAUACAGUGGUUCAGUAUGGAUAGGUCUCCACAAUGGAACAGAGUAUCGCUGGGUCUGGUCUAUAGGCACACAGUCCCAGUACAGUAUCUGGAAUCCAGGAGAACCAAAUGGUGAUGGAGAGUGUGUGAAUAGUUUUAAUGGAAACUGGUAUGAUGAGAGCUGCAGCACCGCUCUCCCAUUUGUGUGUUUCAAUGACAGCUCUGGUUUUAUUAUCAUUACGACUGCUAUGACAUGGAGAGAUGCUCAGAGUUACUGCAGACAACACCACACUGACUUGGCGAGUAUCAGCAGCGCAGAGCAGCAGAAUCUGAUCCGUAAUCAAGCAUCUCUCUGGAUUGGUCUGUUCCUGGACUCUUGGCAGUGGUCUGAUAGUGGGAAUCUCAGUUUCAGAUACUGGACAGAAGGUCAACCAUCCCAGAGUUCAGGAUCUGAGUGUGUCGGCAUGUCAAGAAUCAAUUCUGGGAAAUGGGCUCAUGAAAGCUGUGAUCUAAAGCGUCCUUUUAUCUGCCAUGGAGAUGACAAGUUGAUUAAAAAGCAGAUUGUCAAACUAAAAUUGUCCUGUAAUGGAAAAUGCACAUUGAAUGAUCCUUCCAUACAGACUGCCAUCCUGAAUGAGAUAAGUGAAAAGCUGAAGAGCAUGGGGCUGGAAAGUGACAGCAAAAUAAGCUGGAGAAAAGGAGAAGGUGGAGAGGUGUUUCAUCAGGAGAUCAACCGUAUUGCAGGUUCCAAUAAUAAAUGUAAUAAGAAGUAAUCUUUUAUUUAGGCCUUUAUAUCAAAAUUCAAAAUAGACUCAAAGAAUAUAGAGGGGUUUUUAUUUUUAGUAACAGUAGAUUGCUUUAAGGAAUUGUGAAGUACUUUUAGCAGAAUUAUCAGUUAUUUAAAGUGCCCCUAUUAUGCUAUUUUUUAGGUACCUGGAGGUCUCAUAAUAUACAUUGCACAUCACCACAUUUUUCAAUGAUUCUCAAACGACUCUGAUGAUUCCGUCUCUCUAAAUCCCACCUUUUCGCAAGCCUACUCUGCUCUGAUUGGCCAGAUGGCCCAGUCUGUUACGAUUGGUCUACUGCUUACAGCACGUGUUGGAAACAAAACGCUCAUUACCAGAACUGAACUUUAGCUCCGGAGGUUUUGCUCAGUUCUCAGCAAUUGACUAUAUGCACGUCCUUGUUGUCCUUUAGCCAGCUCAGGCAUUUCCGGUGAACUGUUAGCUGUUCAUUCUGUACUUGCUGUACAUUGACACAAAACCAUCAGUGAUGGGAAUAACGGCAUUAUAAAUAAACGGCGUUACUAACGGCAUUAUUUUUUUCAGUGUAAAGUAUAAAGUAAUCAAAUGAAUUACUUUUUCUCCCGUUACAACGCCAUUACCGUUACUGACCAAAAAUCCCACAUUACUAUAAUUGAGCUCACUGAAGCGGUUUUCAUCCGAGUAGACUCUCUCUCAGCCAUAGGA